ACUGAGCAGAAGGGAGGGUUGGGUGGCUCUUUUGGAAGGGAAGAGGCGCCCUAACUUUGACGCCGGCGGCGGUGAUGCGUAUUCCCGUAGAUCCCAGCACCAGCCGGCGCUUCACCCCUCCCUCGGCGGCCUUCCCCUGCGGAAAGAUGGGCGAGAACGGCGCGACCCUCGGAGGAGGAGGAGUUGGAGGAGGGAGCCUGGGAGCCGGAGCCCGGAGCCGGACCGAGCCGCCCCGCUCCGUCGUCGACGUCCUGGCGGAUCACCCCGGAGAGCUGGUGCGCACCGACAGCCCCAACUUCCUCUGCUCCGUCCUGCCUUCGCACUGGCGAUGCAACAAGACCCUCCCGGUGGCCUUCAAGGUGGUAGCCCUUGGAGAUGUCCCCGAUGGAACUGUGGUGACUGUAAUGGCUGGCAAUGACGAGAACUAUUCUGCUGAGCUUCGGAAUGCUUCUGCGGUGAUGAAAAACCAAGUGGCCAGGUUUAAUGAUCUUCGCUUUGUUGGACGGAGUGGCCGAGGAAAAAGCUUUACAUUGACAAUUACAGUCUUCACCAACCCCACCCAGGUUGCCACUUACCAUCGUGCCAUUAAAGUGACCGUCGAUGGACCCCGGGAGCCAAGAAGGCACAGGCAGAAGUUGGAAGAACAAGCAAAAUCGUUCCCUAAUCGUUUUGAGGAAAUAGAAAGGCUGCGGCACUCCAUGCGAGUCACCCCCACAAAUCCCAACCGCGGACCCUUAACCACUCCUGGGCACUUCGGACCUCAAGCUCAAAGCCAGAUCCAAGGCACAUCGGAAUUGAGUCCCUUCUCCGAUCCUCGCCAGUUUGACCGGUCAUUUUCCGCAUUGCCAGGCCUCACUGAGACCAGGUUUUCAGACCCCAGGAUGCAUUACCCGGGUGCGAUGUCGGCGGCCUUUCCAUACACAGCCACGCCUUCUGCUACUGGGAUUGGUGGCAUCAGCAUGACCAGCAUGCCCGCCACCACACGGUUCCACCAUACAUACCUCCCCCCACCGUACCCAAGCUCCACCCAAAACCAGAGCGGAGCCUUCCAGACCAACCCAUCUCCUUACCACUUGUACUAUGGUACAUCCUCUGGGUCCUAUCAGUUCUCCAUGGUGGCAGGGGGAGAGCGCUCACCAACAAGAAUGCUUCCCUCCUGCCCAGGUGCAUCAGCUGGAAACAACUUGAUUAACCCCAGUCUCGCCAAUCAGAACGAUGUUGUUGAGGCCGAUGGUAGCCACAGUAACUCGCCCACAGCCAUGACAACUCCUGGGAGAAUGGAUGAAGCUGUCUGGAGACCAUAUUGAAAAAAAGAGACAAGCAAGCCAGGCACCUUCAGCUGUAACGGAAUUAAAAAGCCCAACCACAUCCCAUGAUGGUUGUUAAAAAAGAAGAUAUUAUUAAAAGAGCCACAGGCAACAUUUUCCACAUGUAUCACCAAGUGAAAUUGCUUUUGUACAAAAUAUAGGUAAUUAAGUUAAUUAAGCAAAGGCAGACGAGAUGGGCUGGACGUUUUAAUACAUUUCAAGACAACAUUCUCUUGAUUCCUUUGGGUUCUCCUUGAGCAAUGGUUUAUUGUGUCCUGAAUGUACAUAAAAUGGCAACGCUUUGCCCCUUUGUAGCAAUCCUAGCCAUGCGUGAGAAGGGUAACCAAUCAUCUCAAAGGCAAUGAAUGAACAAAUGAAUGGGGUACUUCAUUCUCUAGGGACCAGGGCUGGAAAGAGACAUCUGUGAAUCUUGGUCAAAAUGAAGUCAAACCAAAAUGCACCAUGUUGUACACCAAACAGGGGUUUGCUUUACAAUUCAGUAAUUGCUUUACUUGGAAGCAAUGUAAGGUUGACAUGUCAGACUGCAAAUAUUGGAUACCAUUUGCUGCGAUCGAAUAGCAAUCCAACAGGUCUCAUCCAUAGGGUACAUAGCGCCUACACAAGCCACGUUCAAAACUGAACAUAGCUGCUAUUUGUUUACAUGGACCUUCUGCAAAAAUUGGGAAAUCGUGACAGGUAGUUUCGUGUUUGGGUUGCAUCGAGAUCCCCCUUUUAAAAAAAAAUCUUGCUUCAAAACACCCAAAAGCAAAGCCAUUGAUUAUGCUGGCUGGAAGUUAUGGGACUUGUAGACCAAAGCCUUAACUUUUCUAUGCACUGGCAACAAAACAAACAAA